AAUGUUUGCCAUUGGAAUGCGUAAGCUCCUUGGAGUAAAAUUGGAUGAGAAAUCAGAUGAAAAUAGUGCAAACUCUGAUAUUAAAGUGCCAUUUGGAGGUAAAAGUGGUGUUGAGGCAGCUGAUAAGUUAUCAGAGCAGGUGAGGAGGGCAUUUAAAAUAGAAGCAGUUGGACUAAUGAGUUUGUGGUUCACUUUUGGCUCUGGUGUGCUUGCUCGCUUUGUCGUUGAGUGGCAAUCAGGUAAAGAGGGAUGCACAAUACAUGUUUCUCCUGACCAACUAUGGUCGCAAACUAAGUUUUUGGAAGACUUUAUAAAUGGUGCUGAAGUUGCAUCCCUUUUGGAUUGCAUUCGCCUCACCGCAGGACCUUUACAUGCUCUGGCAGCUGCUACUCGUCCUGCACGAGCUGGUCCUGCUCCUGGGGUCCCUGUGGUAGCUUCAGCUAUUGCUUCUAUGCCGAAACAGGCAGGGUAUGUGCAAUCCCAGGGAGUUUUGCCUAGCAUUUCUGCUAACAAUGUUAAUCAGCAAAAUUCUGGCCCCAUAGGGAAUACUGUUACAUCUACUGGUACUGUCCCUCUUGGGAAUAUUAGCCUCCAUGGUACUGCAAUGUUAGCUGCUACUGGUCGAGGGGGUCCUGGCAUUGUUCCUAGCUCAUUGUUGCCAAUUGAUGUUUCUGUUGUGCUACGUGGUCCAUACUGGAUCCAAAUUAUUUAUCGCAAGCAUUUUGCAGUUGACAUGAGAUGCUUUGCCGGAGAUCAGGUUUGGUUACAACCAGCAACACCACCUAAGGAAGGCCCAAAAUUUGGAGGUUCACUGCCUCGUCCACAAUUUCGCCCUUUCAUAAUGGAGCAUGUUGCCCAAGAAUUGAAUGGAUUAGAUCCGGGCUUUGCUGGUAGUCAACAGACAGUUGGACCAGUUAAUUCUAACCCCUCAAAUCCUGGUUCAGUUUCUCAAUUAUCAGGUGCUAAUGGAAAUAGAGUUAACUUGCCUAGUUCUGCGGCACUUUCUAGGGCAGCUACCCAAGUUGCUGCUCUAAAUCGUAUUGGAAAUGCUGUUCCAGGAUCUUCAAAUUUGGCUGUUGUGAGCUCAGGAUUGCCUAUACGUAGAUCCCCAGGUGCUGGUGUUCCUGCUCAUGUGAGAGGAGAACUAAAUACAGCCAUCAUUGGUCUUGGCGAUGAUGGAGGGUAUGGAGGUGGCUGGGUUCCUCUUGUAGCUCUUAAGAAGGUGCUAAGGGGUAUUCUUAAGUACCUUGGAGUGCUUUGGCUAUUUGCCCAGUUACCAGAUCUUCUGAAAGAGAUCCUAGGAUCAAUCAUGAAGGACAAUGAAGGUGCACUCUUGAAUUUGGAUCAGGAACAGCCAGCCUUGCGCUUCUUUGUUGGAGGCUAUGUAUUUGCUGUCAGUGUACACAGAGUUCAACUUCUUCUUCAGGUUCUCAGUGUUAAGCGCUUUCAUCAUCAGCAGCAGCAACAACAGCAACAGAACUCUGUGACUUCUCAAGAAGAACUAACUCAAUCUGAAAUAGGAGAGAUGUGUGAUUAUUUCAGUCGCCGUGUAGCAUCAGAACCCUAUGAUGCAUCUCGUGUUGCAUCAUUCAUCACUCUUCUCACCUUGCCAAUAUCAGUAUUAAGAGAAUUUCUAAAAUUGAUUGCAUGGAAGAAAGGAUCAACUCAGGUGCAAGGUGGAGAAACAGCUCCUGGACAGAAGCCUCGUAUUGAAUUAUGCCUUGAAAAUCAUGCUGGGUUAAAUGAGAAUGACAACUCUGAGAAUUCAUCUGCAGCUUUUAGCAAUAUUCAUUAUGAUCGGCCCCAUAGUUCUGUUGAUUUUGCACUUACUGUUGUUCUUGAUCCUGCUCAUAUACCUCAAGUUAAUGCUGCUGGUGGUGCUGCUUGGUUGCCCUAUUGUGUCUCAGUGAGGUUGAGAUAUUCAUUUGGUGAAAACACUAACGUAACAUUCCUUGGCAUGGAAGGAAGCCAUGGAGGCCAAGCUUGCUGGUUGCGUGUUGAUGAUUGGGAAAAAUGUAAACCGGGGGUGAUUCGAACUGUGGAAAUAAAUGGAUGUUCCGCUGAUGUUACACAAGGAAGGUUGAGAAUGGUUGCAGAUAGUGUGCAAAGAACACUAAAUUUAUGCCUCCAGGGGUUGAGAGAUGGAAGUGGAGUUACUGCAACUUCAGGGGCAACGUGACCAAAUUCUUUUCUGCUGGUAGCAUAGAUCUUCAAAAUACUUGGAAGGUAUAUUUUAUUCUCUUUGGGUUUUGGUGUAGAUUUUUCUAUGGCAUGGCCAUUUCUAGGAUUGACAAUUUUGUUGCUGAAGAAACUUAAACAGUCCUGGGGAUGGGACGGGAAAUCAGAAUGAAAUUUCUCAGAGGCAGUUUGUGCAGGGGUUGAAAAUGUAUCCAGGGCUUUUCUUCUAUUUUGUAGUAGCUAAUCUAAUUCUCUAAUGAGUAGGAUGUACAAUAAUUUUGAAGAUAAAAGGGUUAUUGUAGCUUUGGUUUUUCCUCUGUAUAUAAAUCUCGCUGAGUGGACAAACAUUGUAAAAAGAAAGAAAAAAUCAAGAUGCCCAAGAUUGUUAUCUGGUUGACCUUUCCUCUGGUCACUAUUUUCUAGUCUUGAAAUCAACUUCCAUACAACUCCCACGUUUCUGUGAAAA